GAACAACUCUCCGACAAUCUCCGGCAACGCCAAGAGCCCAAGCAAGAAACCCUAGAUCUCCAAUUACAUUCAAAUUCAAGAUAACCCCCUUUCCCUCCUAAUCCUCCUAAUUAACAAUAAAGGAUUCCUACCAAAUACCUAAACAGCCCUUUGCAUUCAAAAUUUUCCCUCCCACAUAAUCAAAUCAGCCCCAAGUGGGGUCCACCUUGUCCGCCCCCCUCCUUUCCAGGUUUUCGCCUCAGCCUGGUGUAGACCCGGGUCGGACCGGGUCCAGCCGGCCCCUCCUGGGCCGGUUCAAGCAUAACAUUUUGCAAGUAGGCUUUUUAUGUCAAUCCUUAGCAACAUAAUAUAACUCCGCUAAAAUGAUAGGGGUGAGUGCUGUUCUUAUGCACUCCACUCAUUUGUAAGCCUUUCUUUUUUCUUUGAGUAGUAGUAGUAGGAGGAGCUUUCAUUUCAUAUCAGGGGCGUGACUUACUCGGCUUCUGUAUCUGAUAUAGGCGUUUGGUUCUAUAUGUACCAAUCUCCAUAUCUCGAAAUGCAUUUUUAUUUGGGAAAGAAUGAUGGAUAGGUGGCCAAUUGUGGAGUGGUUCAUGAUUUCUUUUGGCUAUUCUAGAUUUGCUUGGUGAUAGAGAAAAGAAAUAUGGUCAUAAUUUUGAAUGUGGGACAUUUUUUUAGAGAUAUUUAAAGAAAGAAUAUUACUAUGAGAGGAGGGAGGAAAGUUUUGGCAGGGAAUAGUGAAUUUAACCAUGCAUGGAUCCAUAAGGGCUUCAAAGUAGAGUUUUUAGGUUUGAUUUAUUAUCACCCUAUUUUCAUGGAAAGGAUGAUUAUUAAGUAGGUUAGAUGAAGAAUGGGGUCACAAACCUAGGGUGGUAAGAGAGAAAAAUAAAGAGGGAGCAAAUAUGAAAGACGAAGAUGAUAGAACUUAAGCUACUAUACUUUUCAUUCAACAUCCUUCAUACAAACCUAAGGCACUCUUUUUUAUAGAAGUAGGCAUCAAUACAAAUCUAAAAUAUUCAAAACCAGCAAAGAAAGAUAUAAUGUGUUCUUAUUCUAUACUUGAAGCAUGAAAAAUAUUUAAAUUAUGUUUGAAAAAUUAUAAACAUAUAGCGAUGGUCUGCAUGCAGAAGAACUGAAAGUUGAGAUGGUUAUGCGUUAGUAUGGUGGGGUUACAUAGCUUGGGUAUAUUAUACAUAAAAAUGAGAAUAUGGAUGGGAAUAAAUUUAUUGUUGAUUGUUAAAAUAAAUAAGUUGAUAAAAGAAUAUCAUGCAUAUUUAGAUUUAUAUUUUUUAAAAUUUGCCGUUACAUUGGUUAUGUUGUAUGAAUUGAUGUGUUGGGCAGUAAAAAUCAAUGGUAAUUAAGCUGAGCUUGAUAAAAAUAAAAAUAUUAGGAAAGAUUUGUAGAAAAAUUAGCAAGUUUUUAAUAUGGAAUGACUACAUUAGUAGAUUGUGGGGAGAGUAUUUAUUGAAAACAGGACGGUGAAAAAUGAAUUUGAGUGAUUUGGACAUAUACAACAUGAGAUUAGAUAAAAUGUGUAGAAUGAGUGUAAAGUAAGAGGGUUGCUCAAUAAUCACAUAGAUAGAAGUUACACAAACUAUUUUGUGUAAAAUUGAUUUUACAUCUCAUCAGAUCAAUUCAGAAUGAUGAUUAUAAUGAUGACGCCAAAUAGUUUGAAUUAGGCUAAUAAUGAUGUUCAUUAUUAUGUUAGUCCAAAUACAUAUUACUGGCUCAUAAUUAUGUACUUCAUGCUGCAGGUUUGUCCUUAAAAGAAUUGCAAGUUUUCAUUUACGAGGCCUAGUUUGUAUAAGAUUCAAUUACUCUUUUUGCUUUCAAGUACCAACCCAUCUGUUUCAGGUCAAAGUACUCUUGGACCGCAUCAGAGGCUGUAGAAGCUGAGAGAGCAACACUCAUUUUAGCUGCUGAUGUAAUAUACAGCGAUGAACUUACCGAGUCUCUUUUCAACAUUUUGGAGAAGCUGAUGUCUCGAGGUUCUGAAAAGGUUCUAUACUUGGCAUUGGAGAAAAGGUACAACUUUUCUCUAGAUGACCUUGAUGUUGUUGCUAAUGGCUACGCAAGAUUCCGGAGUUUCUGUAAAGACGACCAAGAAUGUAGGAUGCCUGAUGAUGUGUUACUCCCCUGCUUCGUGGGCGAGCAAAUUGACAUAUUUAAGAUACCUCAGUACAUAAGGGAGUAUGAACGGGGUAGAGAUCUUGAGCUAUGGAGAAUAAGAUAUUGUAAGAAGAGAUGUUGAUGAUAAUUUGUUUUGUAUGUAGAGUAUGUGAUGACAAUGUGGACUCUAAACGGCAGUGACACAUAGCUAGCUAGAUUUUUUAUUUUAAAUGAAGCAAGUUUAAGGUUUCGUUUGGGAUGACUUUCAUACUGCUUCUUAAAACAGCUUUUUAGUGUAAAAAAUUUAAUUUUUGAACUAAAAAGCUGUUUUAAGAAGCAAUAAAAAAGCCGUCCCAAACGAAGCCUAAGUAUAAGAAAAGAGGAGAUUUGCAUUUGGAAUAAAUGUUCCUUCAAAUAUAAAA